AUGACUGGCUGGAGCACCGGGCGCAUCGCAUGCGUCACCAUCGCCUCGGUUCUCCUCAUCGUCGUCGUCGCCGGCACCAUUCUCUGCAAGUACCACGGUCGGCAGGGCAAGCGCGUGCGGAAGCAGCGUGACCUCCAGAACCGCUGCCGCUCACUCGUCCGGAAAGAGCGAGAUCUCGAGAGUAACAGCUCCAGUUCGGGCUCUGGCGACUUUUCGUGCUCGGGCUGCUCAGACAGCGAGUGCUGGGGCAAGACCAUCCUCCGCGAACCCAAGUUCGGGGCGACACUCGCUGUGCCACAGCUCUCGUACGACCCGGACUAUGAUAGGGUGCGGCCCAAUGACAAGGAGCGCGUUCAGACCCUCAGCGUCAAGCCGAGCAUCGAGAGCAUCGACUUGCGAGUGAUUGAGCACCAGCGCGUCAAUGGGUGGUAG